AUGGUGCCGGCGCGGGGCGGCGGGGCGCGGGCGGCGGCGGGCAGCCUCCUGGCGCUGCUCAUCCUCUGGACGCUGCUGGGCAACGCGCUGGUGUGCGCGGCCAUCGUCCGCUGCCGGCACCUGCGGGCCAAAGUCACCAGCAUCUUCAUCGUGUCCCUGGCCGUGUCCGACCUGCUGGUGGCCCUGCUCGUCAUGCCCUGGAAGGCGGCGGCCGAGGUGGCCGGCUACUGGCCCUUCGGGGCGUUCUGCAGCGUCUGGGUGGCCUUCGACAUCAUGUGCUCCACCGCCUCCAUCCUGAACCUGUGCGUCAUCAGCGUGGACCGCUACUGGGCCAUCUCCAGCCCCUUCCGCUACGAGAGGAAGAUGACCCCCCGCGUGGCCUUGGUGAUGAUCGGAGGGGCCUGGGCCCUGUCCGUGCUCAUCUCCUUCAUCCCCGUCCAGCUCAACUGGCACAAAGGCAGGGAGGCCGGUGGCGGGCCUGGCGCCGCGGCCACCUGGGCAGGGGACGCUGGCACCACCUGGGCGGCUGCGGCGGGGCUGGGGCCCUCUGCCGGGACCCCCCGCGGCAACGAGACCCUCGGGGAGGCGUCGGAGAGCUGCGACUCCAGCCUCAACAGGACCUACGCCAUCUCCUCCUCCCUCAUCAGCUUUUAUAUCCCCGUGGCCAUCAUGAUCGUGACCUACACGCGGAUCUACCAGAUUGCCCAGGUGCAGAUCCGCCGGAUCUCCUCUCUCGAGAGGGCAGCCGAGCAUGCGCAGAGCUGCCGGAGCAACCACAUUGACUGCCAGCACCAUGCCAGCCUCAAGAGCUCCAUCAGGAAAGAGACCAAGGUUUUGAAGACCCUCUCGGUCAUCAUGGGAGUCUUUGUCUGCUGCUGGCUGCCCUUCUUCAUCCUCAACUGCAUGGUCCCCUUCUGCGAGAGCCCACCUAGCAACCCACAGGCUGGCCUUCCCUGUGUCAGUGAGACCACCUUCAAUAUCUUUGUCUGGUUUGGCUGGGCUAACUCAUCUCUCAAUCCCAUCAUCUAUGCUUUCAAUGCUGACUUUAGGAAGGUCUUCUCCAACCUCCUGGGGUGCAGCCAGUUUUGCUCUAGCACUCCAGUAGAGACAGUCAAUAUAAGCAACGAGCUCAUCUCUUACAACCAGGACACCAUUUUCCAUCAGGAGAUAGUGACUGCCUAUGUGAACAUGAUCCCUAAUGUGGUUGACUGUGAGGAUGACCAGGAGGACCCCUUUGACAGGAUGUCCCAGAUCUCUCCUGAGCAUGAGGUUGCUACCGACUCAGUGUGUGAUCUGGACUGUGAGGGGGAGAUCUCACUAGACAAAAUCACACCUUUCACCCCAAAUGGUUUACAUUAAACUGCAUUCUGCCUUCUCUGAUUUUACUGGCUUGUACAGCAGAAUACACAGAAUGAAAAGACUGCUUGGCUCUAAGCUGUAGUCAGUUCACUAUAAAUUUACAUUAUGUGUCUAGCAUUUACAGGGCUUAGAAGCUGCCUUGGAGAAAAUGGAGAAAACAAAUGGAAUUUGCCAUCUCUCACACAGAGAGAGAACCAGGAACAUGUGCCAAAUGAGAAACUGGGGUGUAACUACAGUUAUCAAAUGUGUAUAAAAUGUUUUGAGAAUGGGAAGUGAGCUCUUAAGUGCCAGGUAUUGCAACAGUUUUAAAAAGGGACAGAUAAGGUAACUGACACGUUCAUUAAAAACAAAAAUUCUCCUGGGCAGUUGUGCGUUCGGUUCCUGUGUUUAAAUUUUAUCUGGAGCUAGGGGAAGGGGGGGUGGUUUGUGUGAUUAUGUAAAUGUGUGUUUCUGUUGCUGCCAAAAGAGUUUCUGUGUAAUUUGUAUCUUCCUUGGUGGCAUUAUUGCCUAUGAUAUCCUUUCCAUGUUCCCACAGAUGAAUAAAUAUGAGUUAUAUUGA